GCGUCAAAAAGCUUGAAACAGCGAGUCCACUGCUCCGCUCUCUCUAAAGACCGAGAGUAGCAGAGAGAGAGAGAGAGAGAGAUGGCUGAUUCGAAGGUUGAGACUAUCUCGAGACUGGCUCAAUGGAGGAUCGAGAACUUUGGACCUUGCACUUUCAGAAAGUCCGAUCCUUUCAAGGUCGGAAUUUGGAAUUGGAACUUGUCAAUUGAGAAGAAUCGGUAUCUAUACAUUCGUCUCUUUCCAGAACCUUCUCGAGCUUCGAAAGAACAGCCUCCCAUCGCUAGAUUUGUUCUUCGAGUCUCCAAUACCGGCGCUAAUCGCAAACUCUACAUCUCUCCAAUUCAUGAGAGACUGCUGCGGACUAGUGAUGACUUUGUCUGGCCUGUUGAUUCCACCUUUCUUGGUCGCUUCAUCAUUGAUGUUGAGUUUUUGGACCUGAAGAUCUGUCCAACAAAUGGUGGGGAAGCCAGUUCCAUUUGGCCCAGUGAUGGAAUGAUGCAAUCUCUAGCAACCCAAAAUGCUCUUCGAUGCCUCUCUCGGAUGCUUGAUGAGGCUGUACAUACUGAUGUCACCAUCAAUGCUGCUGACGGCACGCUUAGAGCUCACAAGGCCAUACUCGCUGCAAGUUCACCCGUGUUCCAGAGCAUGUUCCUGCGCAACCUCAGUGACAAAGAAUCAUCCACAAUUGACAUACGAGACAUGUCUCAGGAGUCCUGCAUGGCUCUUCUCAGUUACUUGUACGGAACCAUAAAACAAGAGGAUUUCUGGAAGCACCGGCUGGCAUUGCUGGGGGCAGCGAACGACUACGACAUUGCGAACCUGAAAGACUCUUGCGAGGAAAGCCUCUUGGAGGACAUUAACUCAGGGAAUGUCCUUGAGCGGUUGCAGGAAGCAUGGAUUUACCAGCUUGACAAGUUGAAGAAAGGAUGCUUGAUGUACUUGUUUGAUUUUGGCAAGGUUUACGAUGUCAGAGAUGAGAUUACUAACUUCUUCAGGCAAGUAGACCGGGAACUGAUGUUGGAGAUGUUUCAGGAGGUGCUUACUGUCUGGAAACCAGCAUAAAUCUCCAUCAGGUGCUGUCAGAUAACUUAUUUUGUAUAUACAUACAUAUAUGCCAGUGGUUUGUAUAUGGCAUCUAAGGUUAUACUAUGUUGGAACGCAUAGUUUUGAGAUCAGCUGUUUUAUAUAGAGAAUGUGCCUUGUUCUAUUACCUGUUCUGGGUUUUGAAGUGUCCUGAUGCUCGUCAAUGUUCAGUAUCCUAAUGCUCGUCAAUGUUCAAUAUCAAACCUCUAAUUUGAAAUGGAAAAUAUAGCAUGACUGAUAUUUGCUUCA